UCGAUGGUUUUGUACUUUUUAAUGUUUGGAUAAGACAGCCUCUCCCUUGUCAUUGAAGCUUUGUCUUUUUUUUUUAUGAAGACGUUUUGGAACUUCACUAUCUCUGCUUUCACAGCCUUUGGGUUAAUUUCCUACCACAACUGAAACUAUUGAGCACUAGUCCUUCCUUUUUUUUUUUUUUUUCCCUCUGCAUACUUUCACUUUUACUUUACAGAAGCUGGGAGGGGACUAAUCAGAACAAACGAGUCUAACUAAAACUUUUUCUCAUAAACUGCUUCAAACACUACUGUCAUAAAGACGUGGAAGUUUUGGGCUUGUGUAACACAACAGAUCUGUGUUUGCCAUGAACUCUGGAAGCAUGACCGAUGCAGAGCAAAAGGAGGAUCCAAAACAAGAGCCUUUCAGGAUCAUGCUUCUUGGGAAAGGCGGGGUUGGCAAGAGCUGCAGUGGGAACACCAUCCUCGGGAGACAUGAGUUCAAAUCAGACAUGAGGGUGGUGAGAGUCACUCCACACUGUGAGAAGGGGGAAGGGAUUGUCAAGGACGUGCUUGAGGAUGUUCCUGUCGCGAUCAUUGACACCCCUGGCCUGUUUGAAAAAGACAGCAAGAGGGAAGAAAUUGUGCGAAAGAUUCUGAAGUGUGUCAAACUCCAGGAGCCAGGACCUCACGCCUUCGUGCUUGUUGUCCCUGUAGGACGGAUGACCCAGGAGGAUCAAAACACCCAGGCUAUGAUCGAAGCAAUGUUUGGCCCUAGAGUUUGGGACUACACCAUCGUGCUGUUCACCCACGGGGAUCGCUUGGAGGGGAAAACAAUAAACGACAUUGUUGCAGAGAGCGACCAAAACCUCCGAAACUUCAUACGCAAGUGCAGCGGCGGCUUCUGCGUCUUCAACAACAAGAAACCCGAGGAGCAGACCCAGGUGACAAGACUCAUAGAAAAGAUUCAGACCCUGGUAGCCCUGAAUGGAGGGGGGCAUUACCACAAUGACCUUUAUCCUGAAGAAGAGAGGAAGAUCAGGAAGAGACAGGAGGCCAUCCUGGCAGAGAGAGAUGAUGAGAUCAGGCGCAAGGAGAGAGAGCUGGAGGAGCAUCACAAGGACAAAGAGCUGGAGAUGAAGAAGAGGGAGCUGUGGAGGAAAGAAGAGGACAAUUCAAGGCUGGCUGCAGAGAAGGAGACCAAGAUGAAGUCAAACAUAAGGAUCAUUUUGAGCUCCAUCAUCCUGGUGUUACUUCUGAUUGGUUGGGCUCUCCAAGCACCAAACAUGUGGCCAUUGGCUGUAUUAGCAAUUUUGAUUUGGUGCGUCUUUAAUGGCUUACCAUUUAAUUCAGAAGAACUACCAUGGCUUUCCAAGAAAAUAUUAUAGUUGAGAUAUCAAUGCACCGUUAGUAAUCAGUCAUGCCAUGUAUUACUGAAGUCUAGAACAGAUCUUCAACAACAUUAAUGCAAGAAAUGCACCAGCCUGAAAAAUGUUUUUUGUCGUCAUGAACUCAAUGCAAAUAAUCAUGAUUAUAAUCAUAUGAACUGUUCACUUCUGUAAACCUCAAUGACUGGGCUGUUUUUAUGACAAGCUUUACAAUUGAGUGCAUUACUUUGUAAGACUAAUGAAAUCAAUAAAAACAUUCUUCUUCAACCUUCAA